AUAGGUACCCUACGUGUGAUGACGCCGACGGUAAUUCACAACUGUGUAAAUUCAACAGCUGUGGCUGGUUUCGCUGAACGGUUGAAAUUUUCUGGUUAGUUUUAUGUGGAAAUUUUCGUUUUGAUCUGACAAAAUGUGGAGAAGAAGUUCAUCUUUGUAUAAAUCAUUUUUGCUUUUGCUCAACUUUACUUUUGUGGUGAGCAGCAUAUUGUUGAUGUGUGCCGGUCUCAUAAUCCGAGGCCAAUACUUUAAAUACCAUGAAUUUCUUAACGAACAUUAUUUUUCCCUUCCGUUCAUGCUAAUAUGCAUCAGCGGAGUUAUGAUACUCAUCACUUUUUUCGGAUGUUGCGGAGCAAUUCAAGAAAACCACUGCAUGAUAUCAAUGUUCGCAGCGAUGCUGGGAGUCUUAUUCGUAAUGGAAACUACAUUAGGCUUUGCUGCUUAUGCUUUAUCGGAGAAGACAUCGAAUGUUCUUCGUAUCAGUCUAAACGAUACUAUGCAAUUGUAUAACAAAAGCGAGGAAUUAACGAAAGUUUGGGAUGGCCUACAAAUCAAUUUGCAUUGUUGUGGAAUGGAUUCUUACGAAGAUUGGUAUCCUAUUUUGAAUGGUUCUUUACCAAUGACGUGUUGUAAACCUCAAAUCGGAGCUAUUGGUAAAGAAAUGUGUAACGAAACUGUAUCCUCAUUGUAUCGAUCUUCGUGUUUGACCACUUUGGCUGAGAUCAUUAAAAGUAACGCGACAACCCUAGGUGCGGUAGGAAUUGGUAUAGCGGUGGCUCAGAUUUUGGGAGUUUGUUUUUCUUGCGUACUCGCUAAACGGAUUAAAAACAAUUACGAAACGUUCGAUUAACGUAUAUUUAUCAAGAAUAAAUACAAACGUAAAUUUUAAUGUAUUAUAAUAGAAAAUAAUAAAUAUAAAAAAAUGAAAACAUUUUGAUAUAAUUUCCCAUUUAUAUGCUUAAUUUUUUUCUUUUCUUAUUGCACUAUAUUUUUAGUAAAUUUUAUUACAUAAUGGA